AUGACUAGUAGUAGUAGUAGUAGUAGUAGUAGUAUUAGUAUUAGUAGUAGUAGUAGUAGUAGUAGUAGUAGUAGUAGUAGUAGUAGUAGUAGUAGUAGUAGUAGUAGUAGUAGUAGUAGUAGUAGUAGUAGUAGUAGUAGUAGUAGUAGUAGUAGUAGUAGUAGUAGUAGUAGUAGUAGUAGUAGUAGUAGUAGUAGUAGUAGUAGUAGUAGUAGUAGUAGUAGUAGUAGUAGUAGUAGUAGUAGUAGUAGUAGUAGUAGUAGUAGUAGUAGUAGUAGUAGUAGUAGUAGUAGUAGUAGUAGUAGUAGUAGUAGUAGUAGUAGUAGUAGUAGUAGUAGUAGUAGUAGUAGUAGUAGUAGUAGUAGUAGUAGUAGUAGUAGUAGUAGUAGUAGUAGUAGUAGUAGUAGUAGUAGUAGUAGUAGUAGUAGUAGUAGUAGUAGUAGUAGUAGUAGUAGUAGUAGUAGUAGUAGUAGUAGUAGUAGUAGUAGUAGUAGUAGUAGUAGUAGUAGUAGUAGUAGUAGUAGUAGUAGUAGUAGUAGUAGUAGUAGUAGUAGUAGUAGUAGUAGUAGUAGUAGUAGUAGUAGUAGUAGUAGUAGUAGUAGUAGUAGUAGUAGUAGUAGUAGUAGUAGUAGUAGUAGUAGUAGUAGUAGUAGUAGUAGUAGUAGUAGUAGUAGUAGUUUAAAGUUGAUAAGAAGUGAGCUUUAUUUACUAUCAGUUUAA